AUAAUAUGCAUUCGCCGAACGCCCUGCUGCAUACACCGUUACAUUAUCAUACGUGCAGUACUGCAAGUGUUCACACAGCAGCAGCGAUAAAACGUCCGACGCAGGGGAAAUACACACCAGCAGCCGCGCGGCAAGUCAAGAGCGCCAUAAUAUGUGGAAGGCCUUUAUCAUAACGGUACCUGUGCAGUGAGCAGCUGCAGCUUCGUCGAGCGUUGCCACCAUGUGUUUACUCGGAGGAUGAUUAAUUUGCCAAACAUGUGAGGGUAAUUUGCGCUAUGCCACGGAAUCAGUGGGGCCGCCGCCGACUAACAGCCAUAACGGCCUCUUUGGAUGCGCUGGCGCAACGGAUAUGGGUUACGCCAAGGAAGUCAAUUUCGGCAAUUUAUUCAUCAUUAACGCCGCCUUCCAGAUAAUCAUCGGAUUGGCCCUUUUCGGCCUCGAUAUUGCAACGCAGCUGUUGAUUACAGUCUUCCGCACGGAGCGUGCGUAUCAGCUGUAUCACACCGCGGGGGCGUCGGGGAUGUGGUUGGGCGUGGUCUUCCUCAUCACCGGCAUCCUGGGCAUCCUCGUUAUCCGCCCGGCCUGUCACGUCCCCGUCGGCCGCUUUCUAUCCACCGCCCUCUACAGCAACCUCUUCACGGCCAUCGCCGCCUUUGUCCUCUUAGAGAUCACCACCGUCAUGGUCACGUGGGCCAUGGCUAGCACCCGCGACAGCUACGCCUUCCAGCUGAUGAAAGCCAUCGGCUAUCUGGGCAUGUUCGCCCUAUCCUUAUGCCAGAGUAUCGCGGCGGGGCUGAACAUCUACCGCCGCAGUUUAUUAAAGCAGAAUUCCAAUCGCGACACUACCGGCUUCCACGAUAAUCCACAGUACAGGGCUUCGCAGAUCAGUGUGAGGGAUAUCACGCCCAAGGUGCAUAAAGCCCUGGAUGACGGACCCGUGGAGCGGGAAGCCCGGUAUGUUAAUGAUAUUCCGGUGAUGGUGGCGCCGCAACCGCGGUAUGUGGAGGAUGCACCGGUGCAGCGGAUGGUAACGCCGCAGCCGCGAUAUUUAGAGCAUCACCUAUAGGUUUUGUGUUUUCGGGAUUAUGGCGGAUUUUGUGAUCUCGGGUUACAGUGUCCCAGAAUAUCUUUAUAGUUUCUACUGGCUUUCGGAGAUUUAAUUAUGCUGGCAAUACGUGUUCGGUGAACCGGUGGGAAAUGAGUAAAUUACAAAAGUGCACAUUACGCGUGAACAACGUAUGAUUUGUGCUCUGCACGUAUUAAAGAAUGCAAUAAAAAUGCCCGGUUUUAAUUUGUAUUCAGCUGUUGCAAAUGUU